CGUACUACAAUAAUCUCUUUCUCUCUCUCUCUUUCUCUCUCGUCAUUUUUUUCUACAUUAUAAACGACUAAUAAUUCUCACGAUCUCUCCAACAAAACCAAUUACCAUCCUCAUCACCAAUCUCCAGUCUCAUCCCACAUCUCUCUACCUUCAUUCCUUCACCUCUCUCUAGUCUCUGGUCUCGUCCCACCUCUCUCUCUCUCAAUGGCGACAAACCAUUUUCCUUCAGAACUCCAAGAAGGGUUUUGGUGGACAACACAGGACCCUGCAACAAGGAUCCCAACUUCGAGAUACAAAGGUGUAGUGCCUCAACCCAACGGCCGUUGGGGAGCUCAAAUCCAAGAGAACCAUCACCGCCUCUGGCUGGGGACCUUCGACUCCGAAGAGGCCGCCGCCCGGUCCUACCUCCGUGCCGUGUCCAUGUUCGGUGGACGCGACUCUGCUCUCAAUUUCAACCCAACCCAACACGACAAUAACGAGGAGGACCUCGAAGAUCAACAGACAACUGAAGACAGAGAAACCGUCGACAACGAUGACACCGACCACGCAAACCAACACCACCACCACCAAGAGGAGCGGGAGCACAUGUUCGAGAAGCCAUUAACGCCCAGCGACGUUGGAAAGCUGAACCGUCUCGUCAUACCCAAGCAGCACGCCGAGAAAUACUUCCCCCUCGGUGGCGGUGACUCGGGUGAGAAAGGCUUGUUACUGAGUUUCGAGGAUGAAUCGGGCAAGUCCUGGAGGUUUCGCUAUUCGUAUUGGAACAGUAGUCAAAGCUACGUCCUGACUAAAGGGUGGAGUCGUUUCGUCAAGGAGAAACGACUCGACGCCGGCGACGUUGUUUCGUUUGAACGCCGUAAGCUCAACGGCGACCGGUUCUAUAUCCGGUGGAGGCGCCGUCCCGUCCCGGUGCAAGAUAGCGGUGCAGUGCAGGAGAUUCCUGGUCCUCCAAUGAGCGCGUGGACCCGAGUCUUCUACUCUGCGCAUCCUUAUCCUCCGCACCCUCAUGGCCCUCCUCCUCUACUAUACCAACCUGACUCUCUUCAUCAUGCAAGCAUACCUACAGGAGCUCCUGUCAUUCAGAACCCAACUACGACGGGGAACUCCAAGCGACUGAGGCUGUUCGGAGUGAACCUGGACUGCCAACUCGACCAUCCCGGUCCACCCACGCACGACGGUUCGCCUUUACUGAACCAGGCUCUGCCACCGCAUCUAUAUACUCAACCUCACGGUUCAAAUGGCUAUCAGGAAUUCAGCUUUUCGCAUACGAGAAAUCGCUGAGGAGAUCUGAGGAUGUGACGUAGUGGAUUGACUUAGAAGAGCACUUGUAGAAAACUGAAAAAAAAAAAGAAAAAUUUUGAAAAAGAAAAAAAAAAAAGAAAAAGAAGAAAAUCCCUGAUUUUCAGGCAACUUCUCACAAAACUGAUAGAAUUUCCAAAGGGCAGGAGUACGAAGUGUCGGAUCAAAGAGUUUGAAGAAUGAUAGGAGGGGAAGGUCGGAGAAGGUGGGACCCCAGAAAAGUUAGGGCUGACAUCAGCAAUUCCACCCCUUCUAGUAAUUUGUAUCAGGAAUCUGCUGUUACUGUUAAGAUUCUCUGUGGAGAUUUUUCACACAUCCCAUGAUAAUAUGAGCAGGGGAUGGUGGGUGAUGGGUGAACGAAAGGACUGGAGAUUACAGCCAAUGUAAGUACUGAACCUAUGUUCUUCCAUGUAGCCACAAGGUUCUUGGGUGCUCUGUGGGGCUGGAGAGAGAAAAGAGAGAGAGAGAAACAGAGAAUAUUGUUUUACUUUUCAAUGGUAAUGAUAAUGUACGUCAAGUUGAUAGAUGCUUGAUUUGUUUUUCUUUUUCUUCUAUUCCUCAAGAGAAUUGACUUGGGUAUGCCAAAACCAUGAUUAUGAUGACGUUGCUGCUGA